AUGGUGGUGCAGAACCUAGGCACCCCAUGGCAGCGCGUCGUUCUCUCCGUUUGUCGCUCCUUGCACGACAUCGCGCUCCGUUGCCUGUUCUCCUCAAUCAAAGUCUACUUCUUCACCGAAGACCUGGCCAAAGACCUUACAAACAACACCGAACGAUAUGAGAUUCUGGAGGCUCUGGCUACACGUUCCUAUGAGCUGUUAGAACGCUGCUGUGUGGAUCCCACGUUUGCUAGCAUCGUGAGAGACUUGACUGUAGUCGAGUAUAUGGAGCGCUCGACCUUGGGCGUCUUUGAGAAGAAAACUUUGACGAGGGCUCUGAAGGCGACGCAGUCCCUUCGCACGCUGACCUUCAUACCGCACGGAGUCCUUGAUACCGUACGGCUGUGCGAGUACAUCCCGCCGAGCGUGGAGAAUCUUACUCUGCCCUACGCCCACUGUCCCGACGCGCUGUACUCCACCAUCGAAUACGUCAAGAGCUACACCAACGUCCUACUCGUGCCAUACGUAGGAGAGAAUGGCACUGACGUCAACGAAAUCAUCGGCUCUUCCUGGGGCUGGGUAGACAACAUCCCCUUCAACCACCUCGAGUUUGCCGAUAACAUCCGCCACGUCACCUCGCGAGCGGAAGAGUUCAAAGACAUCCCCAUCCGUAUCCUCGACCAGCUCGUCAGUCUCGAGCUCUGCUUCGACACGUGCACGAACUGGAGUCGGGCGCCGGACUUGGCGUUCAUCCUGCGGCACGCGACGGUGCUGCAGGACCUGCGCCUGAGCGCGGAUGUCCGGCCGACCGUAAUGCACGCUCUGCCAGACUACUCCGCCGACCCGCGCUGCGUACCCUCUCUGCGCUCGUUCGCCGUCCAUACCGUGCCAUGCAGAUUCAUCUUUGCGACUUUCAAAGAAAAGCAUAUGGGAUAUAUAACCCGCUUUCUUUCUGGGCGGGCCACGCUUACACGGCUAUUCCUGGGCAUUGACAAUAUUCCCAAUAAACGCUCUUGGCUGCCGAGAGUGCUGCCCGACCUUCUUCGCAGCCUCCCCGCGCUGCGCGUGCUUGGACUCGGUGAAAUCGCCCUGCGGCAAGAUGGCUGGGAGCGCGUUGCCGAUGCCUUGCCUCUCGAGCUGGAAGCUCUCGCCGUCUGUUGGGGUACUCGACAUCAAGACCCUGAAAAUCCUUUGAACGAUGUUUCGACUUUCGAACUGCCGUACCUCCAUCCGAUGCUCGACCGCCUCGAACAUAUGCCCCGCCUCGCCUUCCUCCACCUCUUCUGCAAGGACUCCACCAUCAAGUUCGAUCCCGAGCAGCUCGUGCAGAGUCUGCCUGCGCUGCGCACGCUCGCCCUGCGACGGUCGGUGUGGGAUGUCGAGCGCGUGCAGGCUUUGGAGGACUAUCCGACGGGGGAAAGUGAUGCGAUCUUUGCGGAGGGCGUGCUCAGUCCGACGGUUAUAAGGACUGCGCUGGCCCCAGUGAUUAGGGAGGCGGAACUGCCCACGGAGGCGGAGGUCACACCGACAGGUGAAGGGACUGAGCUCCAUGGAAUGCCGCCGCAAACGCGCGACUCCCCGUACGCGAUACUGGUGAAAUGGAACCCAUGGAAGGUGCGCGCGUUUGGAGAGGCGGAUUUCAGUAGCUCGGACCACGCGUGGUUGUUCAGGAUGAGUAUAUUGGCGAUUUAUACGGUGUAG